AUGCUCCUUGACAUAGAUGUCAGUGGUAUAACACUCAAGGGUGAAUAUCUUCCUCCCACCAUCCAACGAUCCACCGAAGAAUGUGUCAAGAUUGCGGUCUGUCUACAUCCUUGGUCCUGGUUAGGUGGAAAUAUGAAUGACCCUGUGUUGGAUAUUAUAACGGAAUCCUUACAGAUUAAAGAUUAUCAUGUAUUUAGAUACAAUUCUCGAGGGGUAGGCGGAUCUUCUGGGUGGCCAUCGUUCACUGGCUUUACGGAGGGAAAAGAUUUGGAAGCUGUGGUGGAUUGGUCGCUACGCUAUGUCCAGAGUCAUGCAACGUCGAAUGCGGCGGAUAUAACAGUGACGAUUAUAGGCUACUCUUAUGGGUCUUUAAUCGCUUCCCUCCAUCCUUUAAUGCAGAACACACAGAUCAAGACCUCCCACAUCCUUAUUUCUUAUCCGCUUGGACCCCGCAGCUAUCUCACUCUAUUCCGCUCUUCCACCUAUGCUUCAAAACUCCAAGAGCUCAUUCGUAGUCAAGAUUCAAACGUACUUAUCAUCUACGGUAACCAGGAUGAAUUCACUAGUGCGAAAAGCUAUGAGAGUUGGGUGAAGGAGCUUGCAGAGUUGAGGAAGGAUGGGUCUCUGAAACAAAGCCAAACAUCGGGACACAACUCAGAGUCUGGUCUUGUAGAGCAGGGCCAGCGAGGAUUGACUUUGCUCUGUCGUUCCGGGGCCUCGCAUUUUUGGAGAGGUAGGCAUGGAGUCUGGUUAUCCGAAGUGAUUGGGAAAUGGCUCCGCUAG